CUUCAAAGCCCGGAAAACAUUCCUAAAUGUAAUUUGACCGGCCGUGAAAGCCUUCAUAGUCUGAUAAACUCAUAAUGUUCUACAUCUGUACCGCAACUGAAAACGCUACAUUUUUUCAGCUUAAUCUAAGAAACAUAAUAAUCUAAACAACAUAGACACUCACACGGUAUAUCGUAUUGAAUAGUAGCGUAUUACGUCUAGGCAUUAGCUUUCGUUUUCAGCGAUUAAUUUAAGCAUUUUGACGAUGAUUUCGUCAGGACCGCCAGAUUUUCCAUUUUUUUGUGUCUUUAUUGCAUGAGUAACUUAUUCUUUGGUUAUUUCUUGUCCUUUUUCAUUGAUCUCAUUGUCUGGGGGUGGUCGAUCACAAGGUCUAUUGUCGUCGAAAAGUGUUUGGAGGAAUUAUUUCCAUCUCGCAAGUUUGUUUCCUGUCCCUGGCUUUAUUUCGUUAUUAUUUUUUCUUAAAAUUGUUUCUUGUCGCUUUUUGUGUCCACCUGUCAUUUCUUUUGCUCUCGUCUCUUGCCUGAAAUGGUUCAAUUUGCGUUUUCUAAUGUUUUCGUCUUGCAUCUUUGGUAUUUUAAUUUUUAAAGCAUUCCAUGUUUUGUCAUCGUCUACAUUCUGUGCUGGUUGCAUUGUAGUUUCUAAUUCUUUCUCGAUCUUAAGACGUUUAUUUUCUUAUCGGGCAUUUAGAUUUAAUUAUAUUAUAAUAUCUAUAGUUCAAUAAAGUAUGUGAUUCACUAUGUGAAUAUUUUCGAUGUUUUGAAUGAAUAAACUAUUGUGAAAUAUAAGCUGGUGUUUUAUUAUUAUUCAAUUAGCUAAAGAUGCGCUGAUAAGUUCAGAAUGAAGUCUUCUGAAGAAUAUUUUUCGCUAAUUAUGUAAUUUGAUUUUUAGAUAUUCAGUUGGUAUGAAGGCGGACUUUUAUAUUCAAGUAAAGGAAGAAAUUACGAUUGAAGAGCAAGACUUACCUGCGCUGGUAAAAAUGGAAGAGGAAGCCAGUAGUGAUCGAAGAAGCAGUGAAACUACAUAUGAACCAGCUGUGAAUGCUGCUCAAAUAAAUCAACACUCCUGUAAUAUUUGCUCGAGAUGUUUUAUAAAUAAGUCAAAUUUAAAUAGUCAUUUAAAUGAGUGUCAUGCAGAAGGUGGGCCUUUCCAAUGCAAUAUUUGCGGUUUAAUGUGUAAGCAAAAAAGGUACCUGCAGAUUCAUCAAAAGAAACAUACGAAAAAUGAACAGUACACUUGUCAGAUUUGUAGUAAAACUUUGUUGUAUUCUAAUUUAGAGGACCAUUUGAAAACGCAUUCAGACACUCUCUUUUAUGCAUGUGAUUUUUGCGAUUUUAAAUGCAAGCUAAAGUCUGACCUAACUGAACAUCGAAAUAUUCAUGCUAAUGCAAAUCAAUACACGUGCAAUAUCUGUUACAAAACAUUUCCUAUAAAAGCACAAUUAGAUUCUCAUUUGACAACUCACUCAGAUAAAGGUCCUUUUAAAUGUAAUAUUUGCAAUUCGGAUUUCAAAAGAAAAAGUAAUUUAACUGUUCACCGAAAUAAUCAUGCAAAAGAAAAACAGUACAGAUGUAAGAUUUGUAAUCUAACGUUUCUACAUCCACACAGUUUAAAAGAGCAUUUGGAUUCUCACUCAGAUCAACGGAAACAUCAAUGCGAGUUUUGCAAUUCAACAUUUAAAUCAAAAGGCAACUUAAACGCUCAUCGAAACACACAUACAAAAGAAAAACAGUACAGCUGUGAAAUAUGUAAUAAAACGUUUUUAUUUCUAAGGAAUUUCAGAUAUCAUUUGAACUCUCACUCAGAUCAACGGCCAUUUCAAUGCAAGUUUUGCAAUUCAACAUUUAAAACAAAGAAGUACUUAAACAUUCAUCUAAACAAGCAUACGAAAGAAAAAGAGUACAAGUGUGAGAUAUGUAAUAAAAUUUUCUAUUUUGUGGGAAAAUUGAGUAGACAUUUGGUUACGCAUUCGGACAAACGGCCUUUUCAAUGCGAUUUUUGCGACAAAACAUUUAAAAUUAAAGAUUCAUUACGGCGACAUGCUCGUGCCAGGCAUUUCGAACAAGCAGCCUAAAAAAAGUCGAAUUUAUCAAAAAAAAAAUAAGAAGUGAAAAUAAGCUUAUAUUAUGUUCUCUGUUUGUGAGUCUAUUUUCCGCUUUCGUACCGGUAGAGAAGACAGGGACAAAGCAUUAUCUGAGUCUUAUUUGCGUUUUAAAGUGUUUCGAUGAAUUAUUUCCAUCUCGCCAGUUUGUUUUCUGUCCCUGGCAUUAUUUUCUUAUUAUCGUUUCUUAAAGUUCUUUCUUGCCGCUUUUUGUGUCCGCCUGUCAUUUCUUUUACUCUCUUGCGAACAUUAAAAGUGGCAUAUCUUGCCUGAAAUGGUUCAAUUUCCCGGCAUUUUGUUGACAUCCAAUUUUCUUAUAGUUUCUCUGCACUUUUUCCUAAUUGUUUUAUUCAGUUUAUUUUGCAUUUGCGUUUUCUCAUGUCUUCUUCUCGCAUCUUUGGUAUUUUGGUUUUUAAAGCGUUCCGUGCUUUUUCAACGCCUACAUUCUGUGCUGGUUGUACUGUCGUUUCUAAUUAUUUCUCGAUCUUGAGACGUUUAUUUUUAAUUAUAUUAGAAUUAUCUAUAGCAAAUUACAGUAUAUGAUUUACUGAGGAAAAGACAUAAAAUAGUUUUCGAUAUUU